UUCCUUGUGUGCUUCUUUCACGGGCAAGGCCACGCGGCUCAGCCGGACAGCGCUGGGCGAGACGGCGUCCGGACAGGUGGUCAACCUGCUGAGCAACGACGUCAGCCGCUUCGACAUCAUGGCCAUCUUCCUCAACCAUCUGUGGAUAGACCCCACGCUCACCCUCAUCAUCGCGUACCUGUUGUACGCGCAGGUCGGCUGGUCGGCCUUCGUCGGCAUCGGGGCCGUGUUCAUCGUCGUGCCACUGCAGUCCUACACCGGCGGCCUCUCGUCCAAGUUCCGGCACCGGAUCGCGCUGAGGACCGACAAGCGCGUCCGCCUCAUGGACGAGAUCGUCAACGGCGUGCAGGUCAUCAAGAUGUACGCGUGGGAGAAGCCCUUCAACAAGCUCAUCUCGGAGGCGCGACGCGACGAGAUCAAGGAGCUGCUCAAAGUGUACAUGGUGCGCGGCGUGUUCAUGACCUUCAUGAUGUUCACCACGCGCGUCGCCCUGUUCUCCACACUCGUCACGUACGCACUGUCGGGCGACCCGCUCAAGGCGUCAUUCGUAAGUAGACAGCUCUGUUCAGACAAAAGGGGGGAAACGAGGAGGCGUGCCCCAUAUUCGCACAGCACGCAAAACAAGCGUUUGCUAACAUAGCUAAGAAAAAGUUUG